CCUGUCUCACAAGUUAUACACCGGUAACUUCCCCCUUUUCACUGUGACAUGAUCACAACACCCCACAAACCAACAGAAAAUAAAGAAAGAGACAUUUUGAUUGGAUUUGGGGCAUUUUCUGUGAUGUAACAUAACAUUUCAUCUUAUUAUUACAACAGUUUCCAGUCAUACGUCUUUAUUCUAUUCUGUUUUGUUCUCCUAUUCUGCGUGCACUACCGGAUUAUCUGCGAGUAUGUGUGUAAAUUAAUUGCAUAACAGAUAUGUAAUAAUUCAUCUGGAGUAGCAGCCAGCAGGACUCUUCCCCCUUUCACUACGUCACAUCUUCCCCGUGCUGCCUCUACGGGUUGCUAUGACGACGGCGUUGCAGCUGGUCUCUAAAGGCAUUCACCGCUCCUACACUUCUGUUUGGGAAAACUCUGUCGAGCAGAAAGACAACUCGACACGAUAGGAAGCAGUUACUUUUUUGUGAACGGUGCUUUCAGAUAUGGGGGUAGUGAUAGAGACCCAUCUUAAAUGCUGCAGAGACACAUAUUGCUUCCUUUUGGUGAGUAAAGUCUGGUGUAAGAUAAUAUCAUGAAGCACAUGAGCUAACUAUAUAAUGGCAACCUUAAAAAAAGUGGAUCACACAGCUGUGAAUGGAUCAGACAAGGAGCUUCCAGCACAGGAGGAGGCAGUUAGUGAGCAGACACCAGAGAGGAGACAUGCUGAUGCCCUUCUAGAUAUCAGUGAAGAGGACUUGAUGCAAGAACUGGAGCCACAUGAGUAUCAUUGUUACUCUGGUUGGGAAGAAGCUGUGCAUGGUUGGGCCAGAGUUGCUCCACUGAGCUGCAUACUUUUGACUCAGAAGAGGUACAAGAAACCGAAGCAUAAGGAGACUGACAACCUGACCGCCUUGUCUGUUGAUCCAACAAUCUCUGAUGCAGACAGCUCAGCCAGCACUUCAGAGCACUGCUGUGAGUCUCGUGUGGGCCUGAAUAACAGCUUGAAGACAUCCAUGUUAUUAAACCAGCAUGCAGGAAUCUGGAGUAACCCUGCAGUGGGAGCUCUGCAGAAAGAUGCUUCAGAAUGGCCUGUCCUCAAUGCAAUACAGAAAACAAUGUCAGAUCUUGUACUAAAAGACAAGAUAAAGAAGGAAGAGGGGCUAAGAGAGACCCCUUCGCAGCCUCACCAGCUACCCUCAAAAUACUCAGAGAACAGGUCCACCAAGCAUCAGAAACACAGACAGAGGCCCAAUAAUGCAGUGGUUCCCAUUAAAAACUUUACCUUUUUACCACCAAUUACCAGCCAGUUCUGCAGUGGCAUUAAAGCUCCAGCAGGAGAAACCAUUGAGGAAGAUGAUUUCAUGUUUGAUAAGAAAAGCGGGACAAGAAGAACAAGAGGAACUCGGGUGGAACCUAUUGAUAACCCUGAGCUUCACAGUUACUCUGCAGCCCUGACCUCCAAGUACCGGACAUGUCAACAAAACCCCCACGUGUUCUCUGCUGUGAGUGUUUCUGUCCCCAAGAGGUAUCAGGUACCCAUGUCUUCCAGACUUGACACGGUGCACUGCACUAGUUACUUAGUUGGCAAGAGCCUCACACAGGCCCUCCACUCUGACACUGUAGCAGGUGCACAAGCCCACAUGCACCCCAGCAAGACUGUGUGUAUGUAGUACGUAAUCACUUAAAACUCUCAGGUUCAACCAAGUGAAAUCCUGUUUCAUCUUCUUUUGUUCAGCCUCAGCACAUCACACAAUGCUUACAUCAAAGAAAACAGUUUGUCGAAGAUUUAAUCAAUAUAAGACAUGUUCAUAAAAGUAUCUCAAAGCAGAGGAAAUUCAUAUGGUUUAGUGUUCAGUCAGUUCAGUCUGGCGUAACAUUUCAGAACAUACUGGUCAUAACAAUAAAAAGUGAACGGAACAUUAAAAUGUUAAGCUCUUCGUGUCAUUUGGGCCUUUAUUUUGUUCCGACCAGUUCCCACAAGUCCUUUUUCAGCUGUUCUAGUUACCUAGCAACUACCUCAUAAGAAGCAUGGCAGUGCGCCUGCCUCGCACUUUCUUCUAUUUAAACCUCAGCAACUAAUCUACAGCACAGUCAGUGCUGUACUGUAGCCUGUGAUAAUGCAUUAUUAUUUAAACUUUUGCCAAACUACUGCAUCUGCUCAGUCAAUUUUAAUUGUAUACGAUUGUUUGUUUUAUAUCCUGCAGUAAGCGAUUCCUGGUGAGUGUGGAUGGGUUAUGCAAGGUUUAUCAUUGCAGAUAUCCAUAACUGUAUGUCUUGUUGGUCUCCAAAGGCCAGCCAAUUACUGCAACAACAUUUACAACUGAGAUCUUGUUACUCUGCUUUAUUACACUACCUCGUUGUUUUUUAGCUGCCUUGUAAAAAAAAAAAAGAAGUGAUCUGAUUAGUGGGAUUAUUUAACAAUGAAAAGUUGAAGCAUUUACCUUGUCAAACAAACCUUUUGUCUUACCUGGAUGUGCAUAUAAAAUAAAAUGGUUACUUCAGACUGAUUUGUAAAGAUUCAGCAUGUAGAUCAAUAUGUAACUGCAUUAAGGUGAAAAGAAGAAACACAUACAGUUUUAUGUUCUAUAUAAGAAAGUACAAAA